GGCGCGGAGCCCCCGCAGCCGCGGCCCGCCAUGGCCAAGCAGUACGACGUGCUCUUCCGCCUGCUGCUGCUCGGCGACUCGGGCGUGGGCAAGACCUGCCUGCUCUGCCGCUUCACCGACAACGAGUUCCACCCCGCGCACAUCUCCACCAUCGGGGUUGACUUCAAGAUGAAGACCAUAGAAGUGGACGGCAUCAAGGUGCGGAUACAGAUCUGGGAUACGGCGGGCCAGGAGAGGUACCAGACCAUCACCAAGCAGUACUACCGGCGAGCACAGGGCAUCUUCCUGGUAUACGACAUCAGCAGUGAGCGCUCCUACCAGCACAUCAUGAAGUGGGCCAGCGAUGUGGAUGAGUACGCACCAGACGGGGUCCAGAAAAUCCUCAUCGGGAAUAAGGCGGAUGAGGAGCACAAGAGGCAAGUGGCCAAAGAGCAAGGCCUGCAGCUGGCCCGGGAGUACGGUAUGGACUUCUACGAAACAAGUGCCUGCAGCAACUUGAACAUCAAGGAGUCCUUCACACGACUGACGGAGCUGGUACUGCAGGCACACCGCAAGGAGCUGGCAGGGCUCCGUGCCACCACGGCACCUGGCGUCCCCGACUUGGCCCAGCUGGAGGAGGACGAGUACAAGCCCUCAGGCGCUGAGGACAGUCCCAAAGCCUGUUGGUGUUGAAGCUUUGCCGCGGUGCUCCCACUUGCCCCCAACUCACAGUGUGGCCCCGUUGGCGUGUGUCUUCCCCAGGCCCACGGUGGAGACUGGGUGCCUGGGUACCUGACCAGAAUGCCCGGGAGGGUCUCAGGGCUGCAUGCAGAGGAGCACUUGAGAAGGGCAGUGGGCGCUGGUGGUGCUGGGGCUGGGCACUGCACUCACACUGAGUGGGCACUGGUGAGGAAGUGCCUCUGCGCUGCCUUGCUUCCCUCCCAGGGCAGCAGACGCAGGGUCCUGGACACCCUCCACACCCUUGGCAAGGGCAGCCCUUUCCAGGCUGGCCCGUGCUCCCCUCUGCCAGAGCCCAGAGCCCACCUUGCCCUCUCGCUCACCCACUGUGUCCCUUUCAUGUGUGCAUGUGUGUCACGGGCACGCUUUGCACACCCCCGUGCCCGCCCUGUGCUCUGUCCUGUGCCCACUGCCCCUCCUGCCCCAUUCCUGCCCAGGCCCUCCUCCCAGUUUUACAUAUAUGGUUUCCAGAAUAAAGGUGAUGCUGUAGCGCCUCA